AUGGCUCGAAGCUUAGGUAAAGCCCACAUGAUUAUUCUCGACGUUGGACGUAGCUCAUCAAUCGCAACUGGCAAUGAAAAGCAAACCUUCUUCAGUAAAUCAAAAGAGUGUGCUUCACUGAUCAUUCAACAAAUGAUUUUCAGUGCUCCAAAUGACCAGGUCGGUAUGGUGUUGAUGGGAACAGAGGAAACCAAUAAUCAGCUUAACGUAGAAUCUGGCGGCUACGAGCACAUUUGUGAAGCAUUUGAUUUGAAACCUCCUAAUUGGCAGAACUUGAGGAUAUUGGAAAAUCAAAUUUCUCAAUCCAUGUCGGAGGCUAACUGGUUCGAUGCACUGAUCGUUGCCACCAAUUUUUUGCGCAACGGAGCAUUGGGGAAAAAACUUUUAGAUUGUAACAUCAUUCUGAUUUCGCCGCUAUUACAACCGGCAGCUGUCGACAGGGAUCAGAUAGAUAGUGUUACGGAUGCAAUUCUUGCUCUGAACGGUGUGCUGCAUGUCAUAACCAACUAUGUGUUGCAUCCGGCGUCGUCCGUCGGCUCGAUUUUCGUCUCAUCUGGUACAUUCGAUAACGACCAAAACACUACCGAAGAACGACGUAAAAAUGAACGCCUUUUGAAGGACAUGUUACUUAGAACCGAAGGUACCCUUUCGAAUGUUAACUGGGCAGAGAGAAAACUGUCUUUCGUUGGAGCGAAACCAAUAAAACCAACGCCUUGGAACUGCAUGUUGACUAUCGGUUCAAAGCUGAAGCUAUCCAUAUCGGCCUAUCUGCAUAUCACGGAGCAAAAGGGCCUAGGAUCGUUUAAAGUCGACAGUUUAGAUGGUUCCAGCACCAAGGUCGAAAUGAAGACGGAGCAUUUUUUAAACGAUAAACCGAUCGACGUUUCGAUGGAUGAUAUCAUCGCGGGCUACAUGUACGGUUCCACGGUGGUACCGUACGAUUGCGGAGUGGAUAUCGAGUACAAAUCAGGAGAAGCCCGAUUGGCUUGCUUGGGAUUUACUGCGUCCAAAAACGUACAAGAAGAAUACCUGAGCGGGCAAGGAACGCACGUCGUGGUGGCGAAGAAAGGUUGCACUGCUUCAAAGCAUAAAUUAGCCGCCUUGAUCCGAGCGAUGAUGGAGAUGGAUGUCAUCAUGAUCACCACAAAGGUAUAUCGAAAGGAUACGAAGCCAAGGUUAAACGCUAUGAUUCCAUCAUACAAACAACAGUCUCCGUGCCUCGUUAUGAUAGAGCUUAUUUUCAAAGAUGAGUUGUGUGAAUUAAAGUUUCCUUCUUUGCUGAAGGCAAAAACUCGACCGACGGAGGAGCAGUACAACGCGAUCGAUAAGUUGAUUGACAGCAUGAGCCUUACGGAUGAAAUCGACGAUUCAAACGGAGAAUCUCGUGAGGCGUUUGCGCUGAACAACACCUUCAAUCCGACACUGCAGCACGUGUACCGGUCGGUAGCCCAUCGGGCACUCUACCCCAAGCAUGCGUUGCCCUUAAUAAGCAGCGAUUUGCGAGAAUUAACCGAAGUACCGAAGAAAGUGGCAGACCGCUCAAAAGACGCGUUGGAAACCGUACAGCGGUUGUUUGAGUUAAAAGAAGUUAAACAAAAUACCCGUAAUAAUUGGCUUCAGCGGGUGGACAAAAUUAACAUGGGAGAUGCUGCAUCAAACAGCAACACGCAGGAUAGUGGCCUCUCCCUAGACGAUGAUACCACUCGAAGACGAGUUGUGUCUGUCGGCACAGUGACGCCGGCCGAAGAUUUUGAUAUUCUUCUGCGGCAGGGCGAAAAAUUUGCCACCGUAGCCACGCAAAUGCAGAACAUUAUUUUUGAGCUGCUGUUCACGUCGAUGCGCCCACCUGGCGAUAAGGUUAUCGCAGCCCUCAUGAUGUACCGCGGUGAAGCACAAAAGCUCGGCCCGUACCGAUACAACGAGUGGAUUGAGGAAUUUAAAACGAUCCUGCUGGCCCGUGGCAAGGAAGAAUUCUGGGAAAAAGUAAUUGUAGGUGAGAAACUAGGGCUAAUCGAUGCACAGGAAAGCGACAUGAGCACGGUGAACAUGGAACAGGCGGUCAGCUUUUACGACACACCGGCAAAAGGCAAGGUUGCUGAAGAAACGACUGAUGCAAAUUAUAUCGAUCCGGAUAGUUUGUUAGACGAAUUAAAUGCGGAGUUUUAA